GCUCAGGACUCUUAUCAGACUCCUCAGAAUCCUGGAAUAGUGCCUAGACCCAGUGAACUUUACUACAGUAAAAUUGGACCUGCUUUAAAGGCAGUUGGGCUCAGUCUUGACGUGUCACGUCGUGACUGGCCCCUGAAUGUCAUGAGGGCUGUUCUAGAGGAACUGAUGGAGGCAACUCCCCCAAAUCUCCUAGCUAAGGAGCUCUGGUCAUCAUGUACCACACCGGAUGAAUGGUGGAGAGUUACACAGUCGUAUGCAAGAUCCACUGCAGUUAUGUCCAUGGUUGGCUACAUCAUUGGUCUUGGAGACAGACAUCUGGAUAAUGUUCUUAUAGAUAUGACUACAGGAGAAGUUGUCCACAUAGAUUAUAAUGUUUGCUUUGAAAAAGGGAAGAGCCUUAGGGUACCUGAGAAGGUUCCGUUCAGGAUGACGCACAACAUUGAAACAGCACUUGGAGUGACAGGAGUAGAAGGGGUUUUCAGGCUUUCUUGUGAACAGGUCCUUCAUAUAAUGCGUCGUGGGAGAGAGACUUUGCUUACACUGCUUGAAGCUUUUGUUUAUGAUCCACUGGUGGACUGGACAGCUGGAGGUGAAGCAGGAUUUGCUGGAGCUGUCUAUGGUGGUGGUGGCCAGCAGGCUGAAAACAAACAGAGCAAAAGGGAAAUGGAAAGGGAUAUUACUCGUAGUCUCUUUUCAUCAAGGGUGGCUGAAAUAAAGGUUAACUGGUUUAAGAACAGAGAUGAAAUGCUUGCUGUGCUGCCGAAAUUGGACAGUAGUUUAGAAGAGUAUCUGAACCUGCAAGAGCAGUUGACAGAUGUGGAGAAGUUGCAAGGAAAACUGCUGGAAGAGAUAGAAUUUCUGGAGGGUGCAGAAGGAGUGGAUCAUCCCUCCCACACACUUCAGCACAGGUACUCUGAGCACACACAGUUGCAGUCUCAACAAAGAGCUGUCCAGGAAGCAAUCCAGGUGAAGCUGAAUGAGUUUGAGCAGUGGAUAACACAUUACCAAACUGCUUUUACUAAUUUAGAGGCAACGCAGCUUGCAAGUCUUCUUCAAGAAAUUAGCACACAAAUGGACCUAGGUCCUCCCAGUUAUGUCCCAGCAACAGCAUUUCUGCAAAACGCAGGCCAGGCACAUCUCAUCAGUCAGUGUGAACAGCUGGAAGGGGAAGUUGGUGCUCUUCUCCAGCAGAGAAGAUCUGUGUUACGUGGUUGUCUCGAACAGUUGCACAACUAUGCCACAGUAGCUCUGCAGUAUCCCAAAGCUGUGUUCCAGAAGCACCGAAUAGAGCAGUGGAAGACCUGGAUGGAAGAACUCAUCUGUAACAUGACAAUAGAGCGUUGUCAGGAUAUCUUCAGGAAGUAUGAAAUGCAAUAUGCUCCUCAGCCACCUCCGAGUAUGUGUCAGUUCAUAACAGCUACGGAGAUGACCCUCCAGCGCUACGCGGCAGAUAUCAACAACAGGCUGAUCAGGCAGGUGGAGCGUUUGAAGCAGGAGGCAGUCACUGUGCCCGUGUGUGAGGAGCAGCUGAAAGAAAUUGAACGGUGCAUCAAAGUGUUCCUUCAUGAAAACGGGGAGGAGGGCUCGCUGAGCCUCGCCAGCGUCAUCAUCUCUGCUCUUUGCACGCUGACCAGGCGAAAUCUGAUGAUGGAAGGUGCAGCAUCGAGUGCUGGAGAGCAGCUUGUUGAUUUGACCUCAAGAGAUGGAGCCUGGUUCUUGGAGGAGCUUUGCAGCAUGAGUGGGAACGUUACGUGCCUUGUGCAGUUGCUGAAGCAGUGUCAUCUUGUGCCCCAGGACUUAGAUAUUCCGAACCCCAUUGAAGCAUCAGAAGCUGUUCACUUAGCAAAUGGAGUCUAUAUCUCACUUCAGGAAUUGAACUCAAACUUCCGACAGAUCAUUUUUCCUGAAGCACUUAGGUGCUUAAUGAAAGGAGAGUAUACUUUAGAAAGUAUGCUCCAUGAAUUAGAUAAUCUCAUAGAGCAAACAACUGAUGGAGUCCCUUUGCAAACAUUGGUUGAAUCUCUUCAAGCCUACUUACGAAAUGCUGCUAUGGGUCUAGAGGAAGAAACACAUACUCAUUACAUUGAUGUUGCAAGAGUACUGCAUGCUCAGUAUGGUGAACUGAUUCAGCCUAGGAACGGUUCAGUGGAUGAAACUCCCAAAAUGUCAGCUGGUCAGAUGCUCUUGGUAGCUUUUGAUGGAAUGUUUGCUCAAGUGGAAACUGCGUUUGGGUUAUUGAUUGAGAAGCUAAACAAGAUGGAGAUACCUCUUGCUUGGCGUAAGAUUGACAUAAUUAGGGAAGCUCGCAGCACCCAAGUGAACUUCUUUGAUGAUGACAAUAAUCGGCAAGUUCUGGAGGAAAUUUUCUUUCUGAAGAGACUGCAAACAAUAAAAGAAUUUUUCAGGCUCUGUGGAACUUUUUCUAAAACACUGUCAGGAAUCAGUUCACUUGAAGACCAGAACUCAGUCAGUGGACCAGUGCAAAUUGUCAAUGUGAAAGCUCUUUACAGAAACUCUUGUUUUAGUGAAGAUCAAAUGGCCAAACCUAUUAAGGCUUUUACAGCUGACUUUGUGAGGCAGCUUUUAAUUGGCCUUCCAAAUCAAGCCUUGGGUCUGACCUUGUGCAGUUUCAUCAGUGCUUUGGGUGUCGAUAUCAUUGCUCAGGUAGAGGCUAAAGACUUUGGAGCAGAAAGCAAAGUUUCUGUGGAUGAUCUGUGCAAGAAAGCUGUGGAGCACAAUAUCCAGGUUGGCAAGUUCUCACAGCUGGUGAUGAACAGGGCAACAGUGUUGGCAGGUUCCUAUGAUACUGCGUGGAAGAAGCAUGACCUAGUGCGCAGGCUUGAAACCAGCAUCUCAUCCUGCAAGACCAGUCUUCAGAGAGUGCAGCUGCAUAUUGCCAUGUUCCAGUGGCAGCAUGAAGAUCUCCUCAUCAGUCGCCCCCAAGCUAUUUCUGUCACUCCUCCACCUCGUUCUGCAAUUCUAGCCAGCAUGAAAAAGAAACUUCACACACUCAGUCAGAUUGAGGCUUCAAUUGCAACGGUCCAGGAGAAACUAGCAGCACUUGAAGCAAGUAUUGAGCAGCGUCUGAAAUGGGCAGGAGGUGCUAAUCCUGCACUGGCACCAGUCUUGCAAGAUUUUGAUGCCACUAUUGCUGAGAGAAGAAACCUUGUACUGAAAGAAAGUCAAAGAGCAAGUCAGGUGACUUUCCUUUGCAGUAAUAUCAUUCAUUUUGAAAGUUUACGUACUAGAACAGCAGAAGCCUUAAAUCUUGAUGCUGCAUUGUUUGAGCUUCUCAAACGCUGUCAGCAGAUGUGCUCCUUUGCAUCCCAGUUCAACAGCUCAGUGUCUGACCUGGAGCUUCGGCUGCUGCAGAGAGUGGGCACUGGUCUUGAACAUCCUAUUGGCAGCUCUGAAUGGCUUCACUCAGCUCACAAGCAGUUGACCCAGGAAAUAUCUACACAGAGAACAGUACAAACAGAAAGAGAACAGCAAAUAGAAACAGUUUGUGAAACAAUUCAGAAUCUGGUGGAUAGUAUUAAAACUGUGCUUACGGGUCAUAACAGACAACUUGGAGAUGUCAAACAUCUACUGAAAGCUAUGGCAAAGGAUGAAGAAGCGGCUUUGGCAGAUGGUGAAGAUGUUCCCUAUGAGAAUAGUGUUAGGCAGUUCUUGGGCGAAUAUAAAUCGUGGCAAGAUAAUAUUCAGACAGUUCUGUUUACAUUAGUUCAGGUUAUGGGGCAAGUCCGCAGUCAGGAACAUGUUGAAAUGCUGCAGGAAAUAACUCCCACCUUGAAAGAACUAAAAACACAGAGCCAAAGUGUCUACAAUAAUCUGGUGGGGUUUGCAUCACCCUUAGUCACGGAUACAGCAAAUGAGUGCUCGAGCCCAACGUCAGCUGCUACGUAUCAGCCAACCUUUGCUGCAGCUGUACGAAGCAAUACAGGGCAGAAGACACAGCCAGAGGUGAUGUCACAGAAUGCAAGAAAGCUAAUUCAGAAAAAUCUUGCAACAUCAGCAGAUACUCCUCCAAGCACAGUCCCAGGAACUGUCAAAAGUGUUGCUUGUAGUCCCAGAAAGACAGCCAGGGACCCUAAAACAGGAAAAGCCGUGCAGGAAAGGAAUUCAUACGCAGUUAGCGUGUGGAAGAGGGUCAAAGCCAAGCUAGAGGGCCGAGAUGUGGAUCCCAACAGGAGAAUGUCUGUUGCUGAACAGGUUGACUUUGUGAUUAAGGAAGCAACUAAUCUAGAUAACUUGGCUCAGCUGUAUGAAGGUUGGACUGCCUGGGUAUGAGUAGGGAGACAGCAGCUCGGUCUGGUUCAGCGAGGUCAGACAUCCACCAGAAUCAACUCGGCCUCAGGCAUCCGAAGCCGCACCACAGUCGGUGGUGAUGCAUACUGGGGCUUAAUCUGAGGAAACCUAGGAAAUCUCGGUGCACUGGGAAGUGAAUCCUGCAGGAUAGCUGCACUCAGGGAUACGCUAAACACAAUGGUCUGCAACCCCCACGGUCAAGGGUGAACGCUCACCGCUUGAGCAACACGGUUUGUCUUUCUGCUACGAAGAACUGCAAACGUGUGUGGGGGUUAGCUGCAGAAAGAAAUCGGGGUGCCACACACCGCAGAGUGAUUUGGAACUCAAUUCCACCUGACCCUGUGAACAAUUUAGGCAACACCGAGCCCUGUUCAAAGAAAAACAGAAAAAUGGGGCCGUGAAGGAAUCACAGCAAGGGCAGAUUUGAUGCAUUCAGAUUCUUGUUACUCUCGUUGCGUGGCAGCAGGGCUGGUUGAGUUGACCAGUUAGUAUGGAAAAAGGCUACAAAAAUGUAAACUUCAGAAAUGGACUGAAAGCAAAGAGCUGUACAUCAGAUAUACUCUGCAUUGGAAGAACUUCUGAGAUAGAAGAAAAAGCCUUUGUUCUCUUCUCCCUUUCCUCUUCCCUUUCUCUCCUCCCUCCCAGCCUCUCCUUGCACACACACCCCACUUGGCUUAUUCUUGUAGGUUAGGCGUACUUCCAAUAUCCUUUUUGUUUCAAUCCUUCUACUUCACAGUUUAGUCAAAUUAACAACUUCAAUUUUGUUUGGUAAACAAUUUUUCCAAAAGCACUGAAAAUAGAGAACAUCAGUGAUUACUUAUGAGUUGGAUGGUCAAAUGCAAAAUGUAAUUUUGGUUCAAGUCAGUUUUGUGGUUCUGUUAUGUACAGUUUCUCAAAAUUGUCACUGUGCAUUUAAAAGUAAUGAAUCCUACAGGCAUUUGGUUUAAUGUGCACUUCCCUCUGCUUGCAGCGUACACUUUUUUGUAAUUCAAAUUGUCCCUCCAAUCUCAUUCUACUGUGAUUGCUGUAGUUUCUUUCGUAUGACGUAGCUAAUCCAAUGUAACCUUUACCUUUUUAAAAAACAGGAUAGAGUAUCUAGUAGAGUUUUACAUUGUUGAUGACAGUUAAACAAUAAAGUGAUGUUCUGGUGGA